AUGAUCACCAUUUCCAAUAAGGAGUUGACUCCAUGUAGGUUAUAUCUUUUAAAAACUGAUAAAUUAAAUAUAAAAAAUAAAUAAGAAGAGGGAUUGACAUUUACAUUUAUAUAAUAAAAAAGUAAGCCAUUAAAAUUAGAGGAAUAAUAUAAGUUUGAUUGUAAGGUUGGAAAUCAUUAUUUAAUAUGUGAAAAACUUAAUUUAAAGGCUGAAGUUUAUGUUUUUAAAACUUAAUAAGAAAGAGAUAAAUAUUAAGCUUAAGAAGAAGAAUUUAAAGCUACAAAAUCUGAAUAAUAAUAUGAUAGUGAAGAUAUUUCUAAUGAAAAUGAUGAAAUUAUGAGUGAAGAGAUAGGAAAAUUACCUUAAAAAAAGAAAAAAUCAUUAAAAUGGUCAACUGUUGAGACCUCUUCGACUUAUUAUUCUAAAAAAGAAAAUUAAUCAACAACUUCAGAUAUGAGUGAAUAAUUAUUACCAGAAAAAAGAGGAAAACGUAAGGGCUCUGAUCCUGUAAUAUAAAAAACAGAACUUAUUGUAAAACCUAAAAUCUAAAGAGGAACGAAUUAAAUUAAUAAUUUAUUAUAAAUUCAAUAAUAUGCAAAAAUAACAUCAAAAAAAUAAAUAACAAUCUCAUAAGAUUAAUUGUAAUUACUCAAACGUAAUUGGGAUGUUUAAAAACUGAUUUAUGAAUAUCUUAUUAAUUAAUAUUCUUAUUAAUGA